UUCCUCUUCUUUUUUUAUUUUCUUCUUUUGGCAUUCUCUUCGUUUUUUGUCCAUUUCUGUUCUAAAAAAAAUGGUACACUGUCACAACAACUACUGCCAUGUCGUUCCUUGUCUUCAUUGCCACCCACAUAGCUACAUCAGGAUGGUUCAGCAUCUGAUAGAGAGAUGCUUGCUUCUUCACAUGAACCAACAACAAUGCGUCAAGGCAUUGGCACACUAUGCAAGCAUUCGGCCAUGCAUUACAAUCACAGUGUGGAGAGAGCUAGAAAAGGAGAAUAAGGACUUCUUUCGAGCAUAUGUUCGUGCUUUCUCUUCCUACAGGCUUUUCAUGGGUAGGUACAUUCAAAGGAAGCCAAGUCUUGAAAGGAAGAAACAGUACUGGAAGCACUGAAUGACAGUUAAUAUUAUUGCAGAGACGGAUCUAAAUUCAUAGCAGUGCUGAAGGCUUCUUUGUGUGGAAUGUUUGGAUUUUGAGCUUUUAGUCUCCUUAUCUCCUCUCUGCAGCCAUCAAUAUAUAUAUAUAUAUAUAUG